CACCAGCGAAGGAGCGUCCAAGGAUACGCACAAAAUGAAGAGCUUCCUUCUUAUAUUAGUGAGCGUCGGUGUUGCGACUUGCAAGCCUGCUGGUGGUGAAGAUGACGUCGUCGGAUCAGUCAUCGGGGUCGUGAAGGGCUGUGGCGAAGAAGAUAUCUCGUUGUGUCUGAAGGAGCGUGCACUGAAAUACGUCGAGAACAUCAACACAGCGCGGGAAGUGAGCCUCACUGACGGUAUCAGUCUCAUCGGCACCGGCUCCCCUCGCUCGGCCAGGUCCUUCGAACCCCUAUCCGAUGAACCCAAAGCCAGGGAGAACCAAGUGGAGUCGAGACUGCUCGACGCUGCUGCGGACUUCUUAGAAAAUCACGUUAUCCAGCUGCGUGUACCGAAGAACACAGUCGAUGACGUCAAGCGGUCCCUUGAAGAAGGCCGUGGCAAGAAGAAGAAGUUGAAACAGCUCAUGCCUAUCCUUGCUCUUCUCCAACUGAAGAUCCAGUCUUUGAUCCCUCUCUUCCUUGGAGUAAUCGCCUUCGCUGCAGUCAAGGGUCUGAUGCUCGCAAAGGCUGCUCUUUUGGCGUCCGCUCUGCUGCUCCUGAAGAAGCUUCUGUCCAAACAUGAAAGUCAUGAAAGCUACGAAGUAGUAGCUCAUCCACAUCACGAUGAACAUUACAGCCACGGAGGCGGCGGACAUGGUGGUUGGGGAAGGUCAGCACAAGACGCACAAAACCUGGCGUACAGUGCCUACUCAAAUUGAUACCUAAGAUA